AUGACUGCAAAACGAUUGGAUUUACAAGGAAUACGUGGAUUGGCUAUUUUGGCAGUUCUUGGAUUCCACUUUUUCCCAAAAGUUUUGCCAAAUGGAUAUUUGGGAGUUGAUCAGUGAGUUUCUUUUUCAAAAUAUUUCUCAAUUUUUCUCAAUUUUCAGAUUUUUUGUACUCUCUGGUUUUCUCAUGUGUAUGCUACUGAACAAAAGUGAGUCAGAUGAAAAUUCAAAAUAUUCGAUUAUUUGGAAUUUUUAUAUUCGGAGAUUUCGUAGAAUAUUACCGUUAUAUUAUUUGGUUAUAUUACUGUCACUGAUUUUUCUUUUCAAAUGUUUUCCGGAUACUGCAAUCGAAACUAAUGAGAUAUCAGCUGAAAAGGCUUUGUUUUUCAUUUCAAAUCGGUUGAAAACUGAUUCAGAGAACUAUUUCGAAAUGGUUAGUUUGUUGAAAACUUAAUGAGAUAAAAAUAAUUCUUAUGUUUUCAGCUAUCAAUAGGCACAGAUAUUUUCACACACACUUGGUCACUUUCUGUUGAAAUCCAGUUUUAUAUUCUUGCACCUUUUAUUUUUUUGCUUCCAUUCCGAUUAACAACAUUUAUAGUUUUGUCAAUUGUUAGUUUUUUAUACUUCCACUUUCUCCCGAUGGAUUUCGCAUUUCUCAAUGUUUUUGCAAGAAUCUGGCAAUUUUUAUGCGGUUAGCUUUAUUAUUGACAAUUUGCUCAUUCUAAUUUGUUUUUAUAGGUAUGCUUGCUUUUUUGAUAUCGGAUAGAAGAAAAUCAUCAUACAGCUUAUUGAUAACACAAAUCAACGAUGAAAAUGCAGAAGACGAAGAAGAUGAAUUCAAAGAGAAUUAUGAAAGCUCGUUGCAGGCUAAAUUGCUCACUUUAAUUGUUACUCUACUUAUUUUGAACCCAUCAAAAAUCUCGCUUAUUGUUUUGAGACCGAUUGUUACAUUCAUAACUGGAACUAUUCUUGUUAUUUCAACAGGAGAGGAUACAUUUUUAUCGAACAAGUUUUUGACAUAUUUUGGAGAUAUAUCAUAUUGUCUAUAUUUAAUUCACUGGCCAAUUUAUUCAUUUUGGAAAUUGACCCAUGAAGAGAAUUCGGAUUAUCUAUUCAUUUAUUUGUUUAGCUCAAUUAUUAUUUCUAUUUUAAUUUAUAAUAUUUUUGAGAAAUGGUAUAUUAAGUCUUCAAAUACCGUAAUUAUUAUAUUAGUUACAUUAUUAUUAUGUUUCAAUAUAUCAAUUUUGAAAAGACAUUCAUUUCAACAACAAGUAACAAUGGAUAAUGUGACUAAAUAUAUGACGAUUGAUGAUGCAAAACGAUUGAAUUAUGAAUGGACUAUUCAUGAUAAUCAGAAUUUGAUUCAAGAUACUUGUGAAUAUGAAUCGACAAAACCAUUAGGAUGGUGUAGCGAGAAAAUUAAAAAACUAAAUGAGAAAAAUUUUAAAAUUAUGAUAAUUGGAAAUAGUUGGGCAGCAAAUCAUGGCAAACUUAUUUUUCAAGAAUGUGGAUCAAAAGCAAAUUCUAUGUUAGUUGGAUCAACUUAUGGUAAAUAUAGCUCUGUUCUAGUUGUGUUUCUUAUUGAAUUGUGUUCAUUUUUAGGAUGUGAGCCCUUAUAUCCAUCAAAAAACUUGAAAAGAUGUUAUCAAAAUAUCACCGAAUUCGUAAAACUUGCCAGUGAAUUCAAACCGGAUUAUGUGUUUCAUAUAACUAGGUGAGAGCUUCAUAACUUUAUCAAAACAAUUUGUUUAUUUUCAGACAUGUUUCAAUUGGAGAUCCCUCAAAUGAAACAAUCGAGAAUGAUCCAAUCUAUCAAUUCAUGCUGAAUCAAACAAAAAUUUUGACAAAACAUAUUUCAAAGAAGUUGUUCAUUUUAGAUGCAAUUCCAAGAGUAAAUGGAAAUGAAGUUUCAAAAAUUGUGGAUCACAUAAAAAAUAACGAAACUUUUGCUGAUAUUGAUGUGAGUUGUAUUUUAAUACCAUUUCCAAUUAAUACAAGCAUUUUUCAGAAACAAUUAACUGACGAAACAGAUUAUCUUAUGGCAAGAAAGCGGAAUGCUCAAUUAAUGAAAGAUUGUGGUCCGAAAUGUCAACUUUUUGAUUAUUUCAGUCUAUUUUACAAAAAUGAUACGAAAACAUUCCGAUUUUAUGAUGAUCGAGGAUUCUCCUAUCUUACAGCUGUCAAUCAUUUAUCACCACAUGGCUUGGAAUAUGUUCGGAGUGUUUAUAGAAACAUAUGUAAAACAUUUUAA